GUCAAAAAAUUUAAAACACACCAGCAGUGUGAAGAGACCUGAAAGUGGCACAUGGCAGCAGAGUGUGGCGAUGGAGACAGCACAAUGGGAGGCCGUACAUGGACCCAUGAAGGCUCUUGGACUUGGCAGCAGCAAGAGGAGGCGGUAUAUAGGGGCCCAUGGCAGAUUAUGGGGCCUGGCAGCAGCUAUGUGAGGCCCACAUAAUCUGCACUCGCACCCUAUGUCAAAAAAAUGUUUAACAACACCAGCAGUGUGAAGAGACCUGAAAGCUGGCACAUGGCAGCAGAGUGGGCAUGGAGACAGCUAGCAAUGGGAGAUGCCGUACAGGGACCCAUGGGAGAGACUCCUGGGACUUGGCAGCAGCAAUGA